GCUUCAAAUCAAUUUUAAAUAAUAGCACAAAUGAUACUAAAGGGGGUCCAUGAUAAAAUAUCCACCACUACGCUAUCGGCAACCCAUCUCCGCCGUAUUUUAGUUAGCGGUAAAGUUCAGGGCGUCUGCUACCGCAAGCACACUAAGAAAACGGCAACAAGACUAGGUAUCACGGGUUGGGUUCGCAACCAACCGGACGGCAGCGUAGAGAUCCUUGGGGAAGGCACCGUAGAGCAGCUAAACAAAUUAGAGCGGUGGUGUCAAAAGGGCUCACCUAACGCAAAGGUCGUGAAGGUCGUGUCGUUAGCUGUAAAAAGUGAAGGCGAUGUCGAAAAAGACGCAUCGGGUCGAGUACCGAUCGAAAGCGCCGAUAGCACCGUACCAAAGGAAUCAAAUUAUAGAAAAAAUGCACCGACACGCCAUUUUAUGGAGUUUAAUAUAGUUCGCUAAAUAAUCCUACAACGAAGGAACGUCUAACCCAUUGUGAGACAGCGUUCAUGAGUUGGGCAAUAGGCUUGCGAUUGUCAUAUUUUGCCCUAUCAGUGAGCGGUUGGGGAAAGGUAUGGUUCUACCCAUGUGAUUACGUGUUUCCUAUUUACGACAUGCACAUAUAUACGUGCAUAAUCUUCGAAUGACCCCUCCCCCGAAGUCAUGAGGUAUGCCGAACAACUUGGAUCGUUGCUAUGGCUCUUUUUGUACCUCAAUCGAACAAUGUCCAAAAUGAAACAGGUAGGUAUCUGUGUCGUUCUUUUGGAUGCCGUUUUUAUUUGCUUUUACAAAAGAUGAUGUAUUUUUGCGUUGAAUUCAAACCUGGUGAUAGUGACAAUGGCCACGCAGGCAUCUUGUUAUCCUCUGCUUUAUCAUUGAUUUCAUAAAUAGUAACUGUAGGGAUUAUCAUUUUAUCCCUUUGCUUAGUCAAAUGAGCGUCUGAAUUAUUUGCAUUUGAUAUCCUACUUUACCAUAUUAAUAUAGGAAAUAGUCAAAAAAAGGCAUCACGUCACUACUGCCAAACGAAGUGUUGUAGGCGAAUCCUUCGGCGCAUUCAUUAGAAAAUAAAAAUAGAGAUUUGU